GUUUAUUUUUGGAAACUGAAUGUAAUUUGAUCGAUCUUCCAAAUGCCUCAUAUUUUUUUUCUCGAUAACAAAUUCGUUUGUAAUUCAAUUUACAGUUUUUUUUUUAUUCCCUUUCUUUUUGUUCGGUUCACCAUGAUUAUUGAAUCGACCGACGACAUUAUCCUCGAUGCUGCCAAUGUGUUAAUGGAGGAAGCGCAAGCACUUCGAGCGGCGGCAACUCGAUUACAAAUGAAUGCUGUUUCGCGAGAUGGAUACAAGCAAGCCAUCUACCUCAUGUUCCGUGCCUUGGAUUGUGGAGGCAAAAUCGUGGUGACGGGCGUGGGUAAAUCCGGCAAAAUCGGCGAGAAAAUUGUGGCCACCAUGUUAUCCACAGGAACCUGUGCAACAUUUUUGCAUCCAGUAGAAGCCUUACAUGGAGACCUAGGAACGGUGCAAGCCAAUGAUGUGGUGCUCGCUUUAUCCUUUUCCGGGAAUACUGAAGAAUUAUUGAUGCUCCUCCCAAGUUUAAAGCACCGCAAGGUGCCUGUCGUAGGGUUAGGCGGCAAUCCCAACAGUAAAUUGGCCCGAGAAUGUGCAGCGUGGCUUGACGGGUUUGCGGUGCGAGAAGCCGGUGGCGAAAUUCCGGCUCCCACUUCUUCCACGACGUUGGCAUUGGCGGUGGGCGAUGCGCUGGCGUUAUCAUUAGCGAAGCUUCGACGAUUUGAUACGGCCGGAUUUGCCUUGAACCAUCCCGGCGGGACCCUUGGCAGACGACUACUAUUAAAGGUGCGGGAUGCCAUGGUCCCUGCAGACCACGUUGCGUCGGUCAUGUCCUCCGCUUCCUUGGACGUAGUGAUUAUGGAAAUGACGAAAUACCCCAAAGGCGGCUGCGUAAUCGUUUUGAAAGACGAGGCGACGGAAGAAUUAUUCCCUUCACCACCAUCGUCAGCUGCGUCCGAUGAAGACGUGAUGCAAGAUGUCCACUCUAAUACCGUCGCCGGUGUCAUCACGCACGGAGAUAUCCAUCGUAUUCUGAAAACGUCUGCCCGGGAUAAUAUUUUCCAUGCCAAAGCAGGGAAUAUCAUGACCUCGAAUCCUAUCAUGUGUAACUGGAAAGAUCUGGCAUCGGACGCUAUGCGUCGAAUGAUUGACCAUAAUCCAAAGAACUACCUCCCUCUCUUACCUGUCACUGAUGAUGAUCGUCGCUGGCGAGGUGUGGUGACACUGAAGGACUUGCAGGAAUUGUUCUGAUUCGACCAUGUUUACUCCCCCCCCGAAAAGAUAGAUGCUUUUGUUGCUUUUUUUUUU